AUAUUACAAAUCGCAAGUACCUAAACCCAAAAUCCCAAACAUUCCCGGUUUAGGGUAAAGCUAACAUCACGUACUUUGACACACCGCCUGUGCACAUGCUCUCUCUACGAUGACCGACGACGAUAUCACGAUCCUCGGCGGCGAGCCCCUUUCACCGAGCCCUAACCUUGGAAUUCCUCUAGAAGGUUCUGGAAACAGUGAACAGUUGCUUGGGGAAGAAGGAAGUGAGCUUGAUAUUGAAGGUAAUGAUCUUGUGAUUGAAGGGAAUGACCUUGAAAUUAUGGACCAUGAUCUUCAAAUUGAGGACGGGGACAUUGAAAAUGACUGCAAGCAGAUGCUUAAUAUUGAAAGCAAUGACCAUGAAAGUGACAGAGAGGGGAUGGCUUUAGUUGAUAGCCAAAGUGGGGAAUCUCUAGGAAAGAAUUACCAUCCUCCUGCUGUGGGAAUGGAGUUCGAAUCAUAUGAUGAUGCUUAUAACUAUUAUAAUUGCUAUGCUAAGGAUCUGGGGUUUGCUAUUAGGGUAAAAUCUUCAUGGACAAAACGUAAUAGCAAAGAGAAACGAGGUGCAGUACUUUGUUGCAACUGCGAGGGUUUUAAGAUGAUUAAAGAAGCUAACAGUCGUAGAAAGGAAACAAGAACAGGUUGUCCAGCAAUGAUAAGGCUGAGAUUGGUGGAGUCUAAUCGGUGGAGGGUGGAUGAAGUCAAGGUUGAGCACAAUCAUUUGUUUGAUCCUGAAAGAGCACAAAAUUCCAAGUCACACAAGAAGAUGGACGCAGGGACGAAAAGAAAGGCGGAGCCAGCUGUUGAUGUAGAAGUACGGACAAUCAAGCUGUAUCGGACACCUGUGGUAGAUCAAGGAGGUUAUGGAAGUUCAAUGUCUAAUGAAGGAGAAAGCAGCCAUCAUGUUGACCGGUCCAAGCGCUUGACGCUCAAAGAAGGAGAUGCACAGACCAUCAAUAAUUACUUUUCUCAGGCUCAGCUGGGAAACCCUAACUUUUUCUACUUGAUGGAUCUCACUGAUGAUGGUUAUUUGAGGAAUGUCUUCUGGAUUGAUUCUAGAUCUAGGGCUGCUUAUGGUUACUUUGGUGACGUUGUUCUAUUUGACACAGUUUACUUGUCAAACAACUACGAAAUUCCGCUUCUUGCAUUUGUUGGAUUGAAUCAUCACAGGCAGUCUCUUUUACUCGGUUGUGGUUUACUUGCGGAUGAGUCAUUUGAUACCUAUAUUUGGUUAUUUAGGGCUUGGCUCACAUGUAUGUCUGGUCGUCCUCCACAAACUAUCAUCACAGACAGGUGCAAGACAAUGCAGGGAGCGGUUGCAGAGGUGUUUCCCAGGGCUCACCAUCAUUUUUGUUUGCCAUAUGUUAUGCAAAGCAUUCUCCAGAAUCUGGGAGGGUUGCAUGAAUCUGAGGCAUUUCAAAUGGUACUGAAUAGGACAGUCUAUGACUCUCUAAAGGUAGAUGAAUUUGAAUUGGCAUGGGAGGAUAUGAUCCAACAUUUUGGAAUUAUGGAUCAUGAAUGGCUUCGAGCUUUGUAUGAAGAGCGAGAACGGUGGGCUCCAGUUUACUCAAAAGACACAUUUUUUGCCGGAUUGUCUACUUUUCAGAAAGGUGAGUCAAUAUAUCCCUUUUUUGAUGGUUAUGUGCAUCAGCAGACUAGUUUGAAAGAGUUCUUUGAUAUGUAUGAAUUGGUUCUACAAAAGAAAAACCACAAAGAAGCUUGUGAUGACUUUGAGUCGAGAAAUUCGAGCCCCAUGUUGAAAACAAGAUGCUCGUAUGAGUUACAGCUCUCGAAAUUGUACACAAAUGAAAUAUUGAGGAAGUUCCAAGAUGAAGUUGUCAUGAUGUCAUCUUGUUUCAGCAUAGAACAAGUUCAAGGCAAUGGAUCAUUAGUCACAUAUACAAUUAAAGAACGAGACUGUGAUGACAAUCUGAGGGAUGCUAGGAACUAUGAAGUUAUGUACGAUAAAGCAGGAUUCGAGGUUCGUUGCAUUUGUAGCUGCUUUAAUUUCAAAGGUCACCUGUGUCGGCAUGCAUUGUGUGUUCUUAACUACAAUGGCGUGGAGGAAAUCCCAUUUCAGUAUAUUUUAUCGCGCUGGAGGAAGGAUUUUAAUCGAUUGUAUGUUCCAGACCUUGGUUCCGACACUGUCGACAUUAGUAAUCCAGUUCAGUGGUUUGAUCACUUGUACAAGCGAGCUAUGCAAGCUGUAGAUGAAGGGAUGAUAUCACAAGAACAUUAUAUGGUUGCUUGGCAGGCAUUUAAAGAAUCUUUGAAUAAGGUCCGCCUUGUGGUGGACAAGCAUGUAUAAUAAUACAUAGACAACAAUGUAUAUAAUUCUUUGUAGCAUCAUUUGCCUCGCAAUCUUCCAUAUGCCUAGCACCUUAUUUCA